AUGCCACUUUCGCACCGUCGAAUUCACUCCCCCUUACAUCCCCGCUCCCUGGAUCCCUCCCUUUCAUCCCACCCCCCAUCCCCCUCGCUCGACCUCCCUGUCUAUUUCCACACGAUUUCUCACGCUUUCCCGUACAUUACCCCUCCUUGUAUCAUGGGGAGCUUCCCCCUUUCCCCCACGCCAACCCUCCCUUUCCCCCACGCCAACCCUCCCCUUCCCCCACGCCAACCCUCCCUUUCCCCCACGCCAUCCCUCCCUUUCCUCCCCUACCACCCGCCCUUCCCCCACUCCCACCCUCCCUUUCCCCCACUCCCACCCGCCCUUUCUCCCACUCCCCCUCGUCCUUUCCCCCACUCCCCCCCAUCCUUUCCCACACUCCCCCUCGCCAUUUCCUCCACUUCCCCCCGUCCAUUCCCGCACUCCCACUCGUCCAUUCCCCACUCCCACCCACCUUUUCCCCCACCCCCCCCGUCCAAUCUCCCACUUCCCCCCAUCCAAUCCCCCACUUCCCCCCAUCCAAUCCCCCACUCCCGCCCGUCAUUUCCGCCACUCCCCCAGGUCCACACCUCUCUCAUGCACCAACCCCGCACGCAUGGAGCGCAGCCGCACUUUUAUUCCCUGCCCUCAUCCCUUGCUCCGUUCCUUUGUUCCCCCACACUCUUCCUCCCUCCCUUCCUCCCGUCCUCCCUUCCUGUCAUCCUCCUUUCCACUUAUCUUCCCUUCCUCUCAUCUGCCCGUCCUCUCAUCCUCCUGUCCUCUCAUCCUCCCGUCCUCUCAUCCUCCCUUCCUCUCAUCCGCCCUUUCUCUCACCCGCCCUUCAUCCUCCCUUCCUCCCAUCUGCCCGUCCUCUCAUCCUCCCUUCCUCUCAUCCUCCCUUCCUCGCAUCCUCCCUUCCUCUCAUCCUCCCUUCCUCUCAUCCGCCCUUUCUCUCAUCCGCCCUUCAUCCUCACUUCCUCUCAUCCUCCCAUCCUCCCAUCCUCCCUUUCUUCCUCCCUCCCUCCCUUCCACCCUUCCACCCAACGUCUGUCCCCCUCGCCCAUUUUCUCCCUCCGUGCAUUCCUUGUUCCCUGCCGCUGUUGCCCUCGCAUUGUCAUUGUUCCGUAUCCUGGGCAUGUGGGGGUACAUAGGCAUGCGGAGGUACAUACAUACGCAUGGGGAGAUGCUUCGGCAGGGCGAGUAGCAUCGUCCAUCCCAUCCACCUCUCACUCACAUCCGCCUCCCACUCACAUCCGCCUUUCACUCACAACCGCCUGUCACUCGUCACUGCCACCCAUUCACAUCCGCCUCUUCUUUGACUUCGCAGUUCUCAUUCCACCCCUUCUUCUCCUCCCUCUGUCAUCUCGUCCUCCCACUCCCGGUUAG